AUGAUGCUUCGCCUCGCACAUAGGCCUUCCAUCGUCAAAGCGUCCUCUAUCCGUGCCGCCAGGUGCCUUGCGACAGCUGCGGCUGAACGGACAACCCGCACACCGAAGGCGGAGGGCUCUAUCGGCGAUGUCUUUUCUUCGUUGUCUGGAGAGAUAUCCCAACCGCUUCCCACCCGGUUCUCUGACCUGAAGAAGGAGCUCUUCACCGACGUCCUGAUCAACAGCUGGAAAGAGGUGCUGAAGGAACUGGAAGUUGCUGUGGAGGAAGUUGCGACAAGAGGGUCCGACAUCUUGCCCCGCGUCGCGUACGCAGAUGUCGCCAAAGGCUUGUCGGAGGAUCAGAAAGCUGAAAUCAAGAAGCGCGGCGCAGUCGUCGUAGAUGGAGGCGUCUCCGCCGAGGAGGCUUUGAGAUGGAAGCAAGAAGCUAGAGACUACGUGGCGGCAAACAAGGAUCGAGUGAAAGGCUUUCCGAGCGACAACAUCCAAGUUUACGAGAUCUACAACUCAAGCGCGCAAACGCAAGCUCGUACACAUCCCGCGCUGAUUGAGACGCAAAGGGCGUUGCUUGAGCUCUGGCACACAAGCAAUCCCGCAACGCGAGUCAGUAUGCGCAGCCCCAUCUCAUACUACGACCGUUUCCGCAUCCGACUCCCCGGAGAUCGCGUCUUCACUCUCGGCCCUCACAUCGACGGAGGAUCUCUGGAGCGAUGGGAAGACCCCAACUACCGCCGCUGUUGGUCAAACAUCCUGAGCGGUAAAUGGCGCGAACACGAUCCCUUCGACGUGUCGCCGCGCAUCGGCGCGAAGCAAGAUCUAUAUCACGGCACGAGCCAGUGCUCGGUGUUCAGACCUUGGCAAGGCUGGACAUCACUCUCGCCGACGGGUCCGGGAGAAGGGACACUGCGCGUCUGCCCGCUUCUUCCGCUGGCGACUACAUACCUCAUUUUACGCCCCUUCUUCCGCCCGCGCACGUCAUCAUCGGGCCUCGAUGACUGGGUUGUUGACUUGGAAGAUACCACGUUCCCGGGGAGCGGUAUGGGAAAGGGUCAAGAGCUGAACGAGGCGACGCAUCCGCAUCUACAGCUUGGAAGGACGAUGGUUUCUGUCCCAAAGAUGGAACCUGGCACGCAGGUCUACUGGCACUGUGACACGAUACACGCGGUUGAGAGCAUCCACAACGGACCGGUCGACUCUUCGGUUUUCUACAUUCCCGCGGUCCCUCUCACAGAUUACAAUGCUGAAUAUCUGAGAGACCAGCGGACUAACUUCAUAGCAGGCCUUCCAGCACCGGACUUCCCCGGCGGAGAAGGAGAAUCGCACUUCGUGCAGCGUGGCGGUGUAUGGAAUGCUCAUGACGAAGAGGGCCAGAGGUUGUUGGGCUUCAAGAUGUUCCAGGUACCUGCCUAUGCCUCGCCCGCUGAGCGCUCUGUCAUCGAGCGAGCCAAUGAUGUAUUGUUCCGCUAA